AUGGGUGAAUGGGACUUGCUGGGCCGGCUGCUGGACAAAGUGCAGUCCCACUCCACAGUCAUAGGGAAGAUCUGGCUGACUGUCCUGUUUGUGUUCAGGAUCCUGGUCCUCGGGGCCGGGGCCGAGAAGGUGUGGGGGGACGAGCAGUCAGACUUUGUCUGUAACACAGAACAGCCCGGAUGUGAGAACGUCUGUUAUGACCACGCCUUCCCCAUCUCACACGUCCGCUUCUGGGUCCUUCAGAUCCUCUCUGUCUCCAUCCCAACCCUGGUGUACCUGGGCCAUGUCCUCCACGUCAUCCACGUAGAGAAGAAGGUCAGGGAGAAGAUGAAUAAGCAAGUACAGGAUGAGCAGGCCAAUAACUUCCUGAAGAAGGGCUACAAAGUCCCCAAGUACAGCAACGUCAAUGGGAAGAUUAACCUGCAUGGCCGUCUGUUACGCAGUUACGUAGUGCACCUACUGGUGAAGAUCCUGUUGGAGGUGGGGUUCAUUGUUUGUCAAUACUACCUGUAUGGAUUCACCCUCCAGGCUCGCUUUGUCUGCAGCCGUUUCCCCUGCCCUCACCAGGUGGACUGCUUCCUGUCUAGACCCACGGAGAAGACCGUCUUCAUCUGGUUCAUGCUGGUAGUAGCCUGUGUGUCUCUGCUCCUCAACCUCAUCGAGCUCUUCUACCUGUUUGUCAAAUCAGUCAAAGAGUGUGUGGACAGGAAGCAGGACUACACGGUGACCCCGGUCACCCCUGUCCUUGAGAGAAAGGCCAUUGAGAACAGGGACCAGAUGAUCCAGAACUGGGUCAAUCUGGAGUUGGAGCUCCAGGGGAGGAAGCUGGGCAGUGCAGUGACGAAAAGUGUGGCUUCUGAGGACAACACUGCUAAUAUGGGGGAGGUCCAUAUUUGAUCUGCCAGCUUCUGUACACAUUCCUUUUCACACAAUCUGCGUGUAUGUGGACCCAAUGAGUCUUGUGCCAGGCUAAAACCAUAUGUAUAAAAUGACCUUACUUGUGUGCCUAAAUUGUUGAUUUCUCCAAAAUAUUAACUGCAUUCAAUAAAAGUUUUCAUCGAAUAGAGGAUCAGUCUUUGAGCUUGUGCCACAGAUAACAAAUAUAAAUAAUUUCAAUCUGUAUAUUUUUGGGGGAUUUGUAUUAUUGGUUGUGCCAUUGCUUGUAUGAGUUGAUGUAAUGUAAUUCCUAUAGCACCAUAAUCUUGAUAUAGCAUCAUAAUCUUGAUAUAAGGAAUUUAUUCUGGCUGGUAUCAUUGUGUUUGGUUUGAUUCCUCUUUUGUUAUUAUAAAUGAGUCUCAGAAUGUGUCUGCCUCCAUGAUAUCUAUUUCAUGAACAACUCUGAGCUCUGUGUUAUUCAUUCAAUGCAAUAUAAAAGCAUUAAUUUAGAUGUGUUCCUGUUUAAUCUUUAGUCUGUAUCUAUUUGUCAAUCAUUACGCGGGACCUUCCAGUCAGUCCCAAGGGUUAACUUUUAAAAUCCCAUUUGCCGAUGAUGACUGGGACUGUGAACAUGCUGAUGGGUUACUCAAUCCUUACCACCAGCCCUAAAAUCUCAAGGUUCAACUUAUGUUAACAUCAGUUGGCCGCAGUCUCCAUAGGGUCAGGACAAGGUAAGAGGCAACAUUUCUCUUCUCACUUCUCUUCACAAUUUUAUUUUUAAAUGUAAUGAAAAAUGAACAGAACAGCAGUUCAUUUUGUAAUAGUUUUUGAUAUAAGGAUUCCACUGCAAAUAUUGUCUUUGGAGUUUACCGAUUACCAGGCAAUAACAUAAAAUGUUUAAAUAUAAUUGAUAGCAAAGUUAUACAUAAUUUUUUUCCCAGAAUCAUUACGUUUACAUUUAAAACUAUAUAUUUAGUAUCAUAUAGACUGUCAAUCAGUGGUUUCUCUACAUUUGACCAACUGCUUACAUUUGAUUUAUUUUUGGUUUUAAUAAUUUUUGGAUACACACGGGUUACAUGAUAAUGUUUUGUAACAAUAAUUUUCUUAUUAAAGGUAAAUUAAAGGCAUUGAGGGAUAUCAGUUUCAGGCACUUGGCUUGAGGCUAUAGUGUGCGUUUCCCAAUAGUCCGAUUAAUGAUUAAGGCUGAAAACUGAGUGAAAAACAUUGAAAACCUGACUCAUGGAUAAGAUGGCCGUUGUGUACCCAGCCCUUCGUUCCCAUUUGGCCCUCAGAUUCAUAGACACUAACUUGUUUCAUGUCUUCUUCUUUACUCUAGAAAGCCAUUGAACAUCAGCAAACAUGGGAGACUGGGGUUUUCUUUCCAAGUUACUGGACAAGGUGCAGUCUCACUCAACAGUCAUCGGAAAGAUAUGGAUGAGUGUCCUGUUCCUGUUCAGAAUCAUGGUCUUGGGUGCCGGAGCGGAGAACGUUUGGGGCGAUGAACAAUCUGGUUUCAUAUGCAAUACGCAACAACCUGGUUGUGAGAAUGUGUGCUACGACCAUAUCUUCCCCAUCUCACACAUCCGCUUCUGGGUCAUGCAGAUCAUCUUCGUCUCCACUCCAACUCUUCUAUACCUGGGCCAUGCCAUGCAUGUCAUCAGCCAGGAGAACAAACUGAGAGCCAUACUGCAGAGCCAAGUUGACAAUGGCACGUUGAAGAAGCCCAAAUACAGCAAUGAAGCAGGGAAGAUCAAAAUUAAGGGGAAUUUGCUGGGUAGUUACAUGACCCAGCUGUUCUUUAAGAUCAUAAUAGAGAUCGCUUUCAUCGUGGGCCAGUACUACCUGUAUGGGUUUGUCAUGGUCCCCAUGUUCCCCUGCUCCAGAUCUCCCUGCCCCUUCACUGUCGAAUGCUACAUGUCCCGUCCUACAGAGAAGACCAUCUUCAUCAUCUUCAUGCUGGUGGUGGCCUGUGCGUCUCUGGCACUGAAUGUGAUUGAGGUGUUCUAUCUGCUUUGUAGAAGAUUAAGAUGUGGUGGCUCCAAAGGCCGCAAUUAUCACACUACCUCAACUGCGAACCCAGCCACCCUCCCACCCCCUGCGUGGUCUGGUCGCGUGGAUACUGAGAUGGACACCCUGAGACAGAACAAGAUGAAUCUGGAGUUUGAGAGUGGCCAGAGUUUAGGUGGUACUCUGGAUGCUAAGGAUGAGAAAAAGUUGCUGGGUGACCACCACUAAAACGCUUGAAAGUUAAUUUGCCGUUAAUGUAUCUUAAUCUUUUGUAUUGUUGAAAAUCUGAAUGAAUACACUACCUGUUUUGUUUUCUUAUGUUUAUUUGAUAAUAAUAAUAUAAUAAUAUGCCAUUUAGCAGACGCUUUUAUCCAAAGCGACUUACAGUCAUGCGUGCAUACAUUUUUUUGUGUGUAUGGGUGGUCCCAGGGAUCGAACCCACUACCUUAGCGUUACAAGCGCCGUGCUCUACCAGCUGAGCUACAGAGGACCAUUGAUUUAGGCGCAGUGCACUAGUAGUGUGUUUGAAGUUUCUAAAAUGUUCCUUUAGUUUUUGAAACUACCCGCUGGGGUCUUGAAUUGAGUUGUAAACUGACAGAUGAAUGCUGACAGCUAAUAUAUUUUCUAUCAUAUGAUACAUAAAAGGUGUCAAGAUAUACAAGUGUAUUUAAAAAAAAUAAUAAACUAAAUAUAGUGUCAAAAUUAAUAGUGUUUUCUUUGUAUCAAUGGUGCCUGAAUGAAAAUGAGAGACUGAAAACCCAUCAAUAAAAUCACUGAAACCUAACAAAAUAACACACAUGAGGAAAUAGUUGAUUAUCUUAGGACACCAUUUAUGGAAAUAUGGCUAUCAAAUUAACAUCACUGAACAUAAGACAUCAGAUCUCCAAACCCUCAAAAUAAAGGAGCUUGUAAAAUAAACUCAUUUUUUACCAGAACGUUGUCAAACUACCAAUCCAGACAAAUGUUCUAGGAGUGAGAGUAUGCAAAUAUGGCUAUUGAAGUGUCAUUUGAAAAUAAGGAGCGCCACGUCCUCCAACCCUCACAAUGAAGAGGCUUAUAGGUAUAAUAUAACAAAAAUAUCCUUCUUGUUUUGCCAGAACUGGAUUAACUACAGUACCAACCCAGGCACAUAUUCUGAGAAAGUAUAUUGUAGAAAAAAUAUCCCCCCAAAAAUUUUGAUUUAAGAUUUCAUUACCUCAUAUUACCUUUUGCCUACCUGGACCACCCACAUUUUCUAUUAUAAAUCAUUAGCACAGGCCAUGGCCUAGAUUACAAUGCUAUUUCAUGGUUAUUACUGGUUAAUUUGAGGUACUGAUACAUAAUUAACUUUAUCAUUGUGUUGCCAAUUAUUAACCUUUACAAUCACCCCCAGGUACACCCAAAUUCUAAACAGCAGAUUUCUCAAUUCAGGAUGUCAUGCACAACGUGACACCUCGUACGACAAGCAAAUUGUGCAACUUCAAGGUAGACGGUUGUAGGCUACUACGUAGCAUUUGAUCAUUUGUCUCUACAGCUGGUGGCUGUUGUGUUCUGUUCAGAAACGGUCUGUUUAAAGGUAAAGCAACUUAUCUUUCUACUUAUUUUUUACAUUGUCUAUAAUUAUGAAUUAUUGUAUUGUUUUCACCCAACAUGAAUAGACAUAAGAAUGAAAAUCUAAUAUCACCAAAACCAAAAUGAUUUAUUGAUAAGCUUGAACCAUUCUAAGAUGGACAACCUAAGUGAUUAUUAUUAUCUGAAACAAGUGUAAUCGUUUUUAUUAGAAUAUUGAUUUUGUGGUAUUUGGGACAUUUUACUUUGAUAGCCUCGUGCUGUCUGUGUCCAUUACUUGAAGCAAGUAAAUAAUUGAUGCAGACUAAACACACAGACCACAUAUACUGGUACACUGACCUCAUGAGAGCCCUGUGAGGCUUACAGCAUGGAAAAAAUAUCCCAUUCACUCACUUUCCCAAUAUUUUUGGGCAUAUCAAAACAAUUAAUUAAUAUAAUUUGUAAUAAAAUGUUAUCAAAUCGAAAUAGAAUACAUACUGUAUUUAUAAAGAAGUGAUACACACUGAGUGUACAAAACAUUAGGAAUACCUGCUCUUUCCAUGAUCCCUUAUUGAUAUCACUUGUUAAAUCCACUUCAAUCAGUGUAGAUGAAGGGGAGGAGACAGGUUAAUGAAGGAUUUUUAAGCCUUGAGACAAUUGAGACAUGGAUUGUGUAUGUGUGCCAUUCAGAGAGUUAAUGGCAAAAUAAAAUAUUUAAGUGUCUUUGAAUGGGGUAUGGUAGUAGAUGCCAGGCACACCAGUUUGAGUGCGUCAAGAACAGCAACGCUGCUGGGAUUUUCACACUCAACAGUUUCCCUUGUGUAUCAAGAAUGGUCCACCACCCAAAGGACAUCCAGCCAACUUGACACAACUGUGGGAAGCAUUGGAGUCAACAUGGGCCAGAAUCCCUGUGGAACGCUUUCGACACCUUGUAGAGUCCAUGCCCCGACGAAUUGAGGCUGUUCUAAGGGAAAAUGGGGGUGCAACUCAAUAUUAGGAAGGUGUUCCUAAUGUUUUGUACAGUCAGUGUAUUUUGCUACCAAAAUACUGAAUUCCAAUGUUAGAUGCUGAAAUAUGACACAUUAGAUUUUGACUAAGAAAAAACUUCAUCUGGUUGAUAACAGACAGCAUGGGAUAUCUCUUCUGUUAUGCGAUAUGUUUUAUAGCUCCCUUGGCUCUUGGAAAUAGCCUUACUAUCCCAUACACAGCUUGUGUUCUUAUCUCCAUAACACAGACUGUUCUCUGUUGAUCUACUUACUGUGUGUGAUUCUGCUUUAGCUGUUUGAUAUUUUGUCAUUUAAUCUUAUCAUAGAUUUCUUCAUCAUUUAUCAGAAUGUUGCAAAUUCUGUAACUCAACUUUUAACUUUGUUUCCCCUAACAUCAGCAUCACAUUCACCGUUCCUAUGUUUGUAUUUCUUUCCAACCAGAACAAUCUGCAAACAUGGGAGAGUGGGGAUUUCUGUCAUCCCUGCUGGGCAAGGUGCAGUCACACUCCACGGUCGUCGGUAAAGUUUGGAUGACUGUCUUGUUUAUCUUCAGGAUCAUGGUCCUGGGGGCCGGGGCAGAGAAGGUGUGGAGCGAUGAGCAGUCUAAUAUGAUUUGCAAUACCAAACAGCCCGGUUGUAAGAACGUGUGCUAUGACCACGCCUUCCCCAUCUCCCACAUCCGCUUCUGGGUCCUUCAGAUCAUCUUCGUCUCCACCCCAACGCUGGUGUAUCUGGGACAUGUCAUGCAUGUCAUCCACAAGGAGAACAAACUGAGGCAACGGCUAAGUCAGGCAGGCAAUGAGAUGGGGAAAAUGCCUAAAUAUUCUGAUGAGAAGGGUCAUGUCAAAAUCAAAGGUGACUUGCUGGUCAGUUACAUGGUCAAUAUCUUCUUCAGGAUUUUGCUGGAGAUAGUGUUUAUAGUGGGUCAGUAUUACUUGUAUGGGUUUGUGCUGGACCCCAAGAUUGAAUGCAGCAGAGCUCCCUGUCCGUUCACUGUAGAAUGCUUCAUGUCACGACCAACAGAGAAGACCAUCUUCAUCAUCUUCAUGCUGGGGGUGGCGUGCGCAUCUCUGCUGCUGAAUGUGGUGGAGAUAUUCUAUCUGAUCUGCUCCAAGUGUGGUUCUGGCUCAAGAAGAUGAGCUCAAGCAGUUCCAGCCAUCGCAAUGCACAGCCGUCUGA